CACUAAACUCUCCAUUAUAAUCAGCAGCAUCAGCAUCCAACUUCACAUCUCGAGUGAGAAGCUGCAAACAUGACCAUCAACACGCUCAGUCAGGAUGGAGUGCCACGACAACAAAUGCCCUGCUUGACUAAGAUGGAGCGCAUGAUCAUAUCAAUGCAGGAUCCAGAUAUGGGCAUCAAAUUGCGCAACCAGCGUCUUCUUAUUACUGUUAUACCGCACGCAAUGACUGGUCUAGACAUCAUCAAAUGGCUGAUUAAAAAGUAUUCCUGUUCUGAUGAAGAGGCAUUGCACAUUGGGCAGUUUCUUGUGAAAUAUGGUUACAUCUACCCUUUAAAAGAGCCCAGAAACCUUAUUUUGAAAUCUGACGAUUCACCAUAUCGUUUUCAGACACCAUACUAUUGGGCUUCAACACGCUGGCCUGCUUCAGAACUCGAUUAUGCAAUCUACCUGGCCAAGAAGAACAUCCGAAAACAAGGAGAGCUGGUCGAAUAUGAAAAAGAGUGCUAUAAUGCUUUACAUAAACGGAUCAAUCACACCUGGGACUUUGUUGUGAUGCAGGCAAGAGAGCAGCUCAGGGCAUCAAAACAACGUCGGAAAGCAGAUCGUAUAGUGCUGGAGUGUCAAGAGCAAGCCUACUGGCUAGUGAACAGACCUCCUCCGGGGGCGUUGGACAUUCUUGACAACGGACCGCAGAGACGGACUAUGAAUACUAGAGUGCAGCUGCAGAAUCCUUCAUGUUUAAGCAUCAUCUAUAGCUUUCUUUUUAUUUCUGUUUUCUCAUGCGUCCUUAUGCAAGUAAGUAAACGCUUCUUCAUUUCCAACUAUCAUUUCAUAGCAAAGACCAUACAUACUGCAUGUGCGCAUUUUGAAAUGUUUGGAAACCAUAAUGGAUAUGUUUUCCUUAUUAUAUUUUCAGAAAAGAACACAGAAUUCUACAAAAAAGAAAUUGAACACAACAGGAAAAGCCUGGCCAGAAAUCGGCUCAAAUCUUCAAUUUGCCUUGAGAGUUAUGUCAAGUACUGUGAGCAGUACCAGUCUCAUGACCCCAUAAUGCAAGGAUCCCUUCCCAGCAACCCCUGGAUCACAGAUGAUGUCACGUUUUGGAGCAUUAACUCUGACACGGCCGCUGUGCCGACUAAACUACGUGUGGAGCGCUGGAGCUUCAGUUUUGUGGAGCUGCUCGAUGACCCAUUGGGCAGAAAAGAGUUCAUGACGUAUCUGGAAAAAGAAUUUAGCGCGGAGAACCUGUGUUUCUGGCAGGCUUGUGAGGACGUGCGACAUGGAGAGACCUCAAAGAUUCCUGAGAAAGUGGGGGAAGUGUACAAGCAAUUUCUGGCCCCUGGUGCGAGUUGCUGGGUGAAUAUUGACAGUAAGACCAUGGAAAAAACUCUUCAAGGACUCAAGCAGCCUCAUCGGUUUAUUUUGGAUGAUGCCCAGAUGCAUAUUUACUUUCUCAUGAAAAAGGAUUCAUACCCUCGGUAUCUCAAAUCAGAACUCUACAAGAAUUUAUUAGGUCGAGCUGUAGUACCACAGGAGACCAAGAAAAGCGUGUUCCCGUUCACGCGACGCCAACGUCACUCCAGCCCUUCCCCUGCGCUCACAACCCAAACCGCAGAGAAUGAUGGGAAGCCGAAGAACUCCAGCUCCAUCAGAAGCAAUCCUGGAACGGCAUCCCGGCUUUAAUCAUUCAACACGCAACAGCUAAAAUACAUUUGCUAAUGCUGUUUUUUUGUGCUGUUUCACCUCACCACAGUUGUACACACUGCUGUAUGAAACAGUACAAUUUAGGUACAAUUUACAGGUUAUGGUUUAAAGAGAAUGCAUGAUGUACAGUAGUGGCCAAAGGUAAUGUAUGAAAAAGUAAUGAAAGGGGAGGAAUAUUUGAAUCCCUCAGGUUCGAUUAAACUAUCAAAGCUGAGCUUCAAUUUACACUCCAAACACAACAACGUGCAUACACAUUUUUUUUUUUGUAGCUUUAAUAUUUGAAUAAAGAGCAAAGAUGUCAAUUAUUGUCCAAAGUUGGACAUCACCUUUGGCCACUACUGUAUUCCUCUGUUCAUAUCACACAGCAAUACAGCUUCAUCAUGAAUCAUUAUAAUCAUAGAUGACAUUGAGCAAUAACUCUUCAAAAGGCUUUUUAAAAUAAUUAUAAUUUUAUUUUUAAAUGUUCCAGGUAUGUUUAUCAGUAUGUUAUUAGCAUUUCAAGUGUUUCUGUUUGAUCAUUUUGAUUAGGUUGUUUUCUGUUGUUAUAAUGCACUUAAUCCUAACACUUAUCUCAACAGUUAAAUGAAAAAGCAUCGAGUGGUUUAAAUAUUACUAGUUUUAAAGACAGUUAUUCAAAGCAACUUCAUAGAAAGCGCUAAUUCCUAUUAAAAAAAAUGUAUUUUUUACAACGGUCAAACGUGAACAUCGUGCACAUGCCGAUACAUUAACAAUUGGUUAAUAUGCAAAAUCGUUUAAAACAAAACUCUUGAUUGUUGACUCAAAAUCUAUGCGAUUUUAUGUGAAAGUAAUUUUUAUUUUUGUGUGGCCUAUCCUUUUAAGACCCUUAAAGACAUUUUUCUCUACUAAUGCUAUAGAAGACUUUGGUCUUUCUGCCAGUAAAGGAAGUGAAGCACAAUGGCAAUGAAAGUCUCCACAUCAUCAUUUCCUCUCUG